AGAGAAGAGGAGAGCGAUCGGCGGCGAAGCGAAGCUCUUUAGUAUUUGAAAUCAGACGGUUGUUUUGUGAACAAUGGAGGAUAAGGUUGGGUUUGGGUUCCGUCCCAACGACGAGGAGCUCGUCGGUCACUAUCUCCGUGACAAAAUCCAAGGAAACACCAGCCUCCUUCAAGUAGCCAUUUCCGAAGUCAACAUCUGUAGCUACGAUCCUUGGGACUUGCGCUACCAAUCAAAGUACAAAUCGAUGGAUCCUAUGUGGUAUUUCUUCUCGCGUAGAGAAAACAAGUAUGGGAAUGGGAAUCGACAGAUCAGGACAACGCGCUCUGGCAAGUGGAAGCUUACUGGUGAAUCUGUUGACGUCAAGGAUCAAUGGGGCAUCUCUAGUGGCUUUCCUGGUAAGAUCGGUCACAAAAGGGUUUUGGUCUUCCUCGACGCAAGAUUCCCUGACAAACCCAAAUCCGAUUGGGUUAUCCACGAGUUUCACUACAACUACGAUCUCUUACCACACCAUCCCAAGGAUACCUAUGUCAUCUGCAGACUUGAAUAUAAGGGUAACGACAAGAGCAUUCUUACUGCCAACGCAACUGAUCCCACUCCCUCUUUUGUCCCCAACAUGGCUAAUAGUGCUGGUUCUGUGGUCAACCAAUCACGUCAAGGGAAUUCAGCAUCUUACAACACUUAUUCUGAACAUGAUUCAGCUAAUCGUGGCCAGCAGUUUAAUGAUAACUUUAAUAUGCAGCAACUACCAGUUCAAGGAGAUUUAGGAUCAUCUUUCAACCAUAUCUUUGAGUAUGGUUCAGCAAACCAGGGCCACCAGUUCGGUGCAAACUUUAACAUGGUUGAAGGAUAUUCAGAAUCUUUCAACCCUUUCCCUGAGUAUGAUCCAACCAAUUAUGGUCAGUGGUCUAGUCACUAUUCCAACCUGCAACAACCAGUUCCUAAUGAGUCGGAUUUUUGGAAGCCUGUCAUUGAAGAAAACUUCGAGUUUUUGGUCGAUGAAAGGACAUCCAGGACAUUUAUGCAAGAGCAUUACAGUGACCACCAGCCCAAAAAACCUGUGACUGGGACUUUGCCUGAUGAUAGCAGUGAUAAUGACUCAAUGACUUUUGGAGACACUUCAAGCUCGACUGAUAGUGUUGUUAGUUCAAAUGAAUCGUACCAUACUCCUAUGGAUGAUAUUCCAUCAUUGAACACUGUUAAGGCUUUGCACAAUUAUGAGGCACAAGAGCAGCCAAAGCAGCUGAAAUUACAGUGUCAGAGCAAAGCAAAGGUGAUAAAUACUCAGAAAAGCGAAUGCGAGUGGAAAAUGGCUGAAGACUCGAUCAAGAGACAUCCAUCCAUCAUUACGAAGACGGUGAAGCAGAGAUGGAUUGUUUUGGAGAAGAGGAGUCAAAGGAAUGCACAGUCGCACUGUCUCAAAAACAUGAUCAUUGGCGUCUUAUUGUUCAUCUCCAUCAUUGGUUCGAUGAUUCUUGUUGGUUAAGAGGCCAAAUCCGAUACUUGCUCACAGUCACAGUUUUAUUUCUAUUCUGUGUGUUUUUUUCCUUUUGGUUACUCUGCUCUGUUUUCCCGCUCAGGAAAAGAGUCUGAAGUUGUGUGUUUAUAUUAGUACAUGUAAAGAAGAGAAAAAGAGGGACAAAAAAAAGAAAAGAAAAUGUAUUUAAAGAAGGGGAAAAAAGUGUGUAUGUAAAUAAUAAUUAUAUUAGUGUAUUGUUUUGUGGUGUAGUUA